CCUCAGUAUACAUUUGAAGGUUUAUGUUCACUGUUAUUUAGCCUGGAAAAAGUGUUGGAAAUGGCUGCUGUAUUAGCUGAGAACUAUCAGCUAAAAUGGCAUAGUCACAGUACCCAUCUUCAUAGCUCUGUAGCCACUCUUUACCGCUCUGACAAUUUCACUGAUGUAACUCUUGUAACUUGUGAUGGAAGAUAUUUAGCUGCUCAUCGCUUUGUAUUGUCAGCAUGCAGUUCAUAUUUGAAUCGUGUUCUUCAAGUAGGUUCAGUAAAUUCUGGACCAAACUCGAAUCUAGUCAUUGUACUUCCACCAGAUAUAUCGUAUCGUACCUUGGCUAUAUUACUUCAAUACAUGUACAGUGGUGAAGCAACGGUGAGCAAUGAACAAUUAAAUGGAGUGCUAAGAGCUGGUGAAAUUCUUCGUAUCAAAGGUUUAUGUCAUAACAGAGAGAAAUCGAAUAGUCAUGAGUCAUCAUCUGCUGACCCAUUGCUUCAAAAAUCAAAUUUUGAUAGCAGUCAUAGUUCCAACUCAUUGCCAGCCAAUAAAAUUAUCUUGCAAGCAGGAAAGAACAAUGAAAGGAUUGAAAGAUGUAGCUCUGCAUCUAGCUCUGUAACUGAAGGAAGUAUUCAUAAGCAACCAGUGUUAUGUAAUGCUAAAUUAACUUCAAAUAAUUCCAAACACGAAGAAACUUUCAGUAAGUCGACCGGUGAAAGUAAAACCUCAUCAUCAGAUCCCAAAUCAAGUUCUUCGAGUAAAGAAAAUCGUGAUUUGGGAAGUCCGUCAAUUGAAAAGAUAACUGACGACAUAAGAAUUGAAGAAAACAUGAAAAUUGAACUGUUGGUGAAAGAAGAGCCUUUAGAUUGGAAUGAUAAUGAGGAUACUAAUGUUACUCAGGAUGAUAAUACAAUGGACCAAGAUAUCAGGAUUAAAACUGAACAAUUCUCUGAUAAUGAAUGUGAUGAAAACAACAUGUAUGCGCCAUUGACCUGUGAUUUGUGCCACAAAACAUUCACCACUCCUGCAUUAUGGGUUCGGCAUAUUGAGACUCAUCCUGUUACAGAUGUACCAAGAAGGAAAAGAAGAAGAAAUCAGACUGAAAGCGAUGACGGAGAAGAUGAUGAAUAUCCUACGCUUAGGUGUGAAUUGUGCCAAGAAGUUUUUACUUCGCCUGCAGAAUGGGUUCGUCACAUUCAAGGAUCACACACAGAACAACAACUAGCUCUUAGUAAUGAUUUAAGAUCAGGAAGAAAGUCUCCUCGAGCAACCUGCCCAUCCUGUUCCAAAACCUUUCCAUCGAUAGCCUCCAUGCUAAUACACAGUCGCACACAUACUGGUGAAAGACCAUAUGUUUGCUGUGUUUGUGAUAAAGGUUUCAAUGUUAAAAGUAAUCUCCUAAGGCAUCUCAGAACACUUCAUGAUCAUCUUAUUAACCCAGAGGUUCCAUGAAAAUGAAGAAAAGAAUUUCUUCUUGGUGAUUUAAAAAAAUAAUACCAACGAAUACAUCUUUAAAACUUGAGUAAUGCCAUAUUCAUUAUCUCUCUGUUUCUUAUCAACUAUGUUCUGUAAUGAAACGAAAAGAGACAUUUUCUUAAUAAAAAAUGACUCUUUUAUAUUUAACAUGUUUUUCCAGUAGAUUUAAUGUUUAUUUAUUACUUUGUAAAUUUAUUGUGAUCAAAUGUUGUAAUGUGUAUAGAUUUGUAAAAUCUUAUGUAUGCUAUAAACUUAUAGCAUGUAUUUUUAA